GUUCGAAAUUAGUUCCGAUUUGAAUACAAAGUUGUAAAGUUUAAAGUGUUGAGCUAAAGAAAAAUUCGAAAAUGAAGGAAAUGGAAACUAAUCACGACGAAAAAGUAAAUGAAUUUUGCUCAAAAAUUAAUGAACCGGAGAAAGAAGAACAUCCAGCUCAUUUGGAAAUAAAUGUACGCCCCGUAAUAUCGUAUCUCAAUGCAUCAUCUCCCAAAGAAACAAAUAACACAGACAACCAGCAGUCAUCGAAAGAAAGAAAUGUACGAUUUAGCAAUGAUAACAGGGACAACAGUAAAGAAGUGGAGUGCAAUAAAAUUCGCAAAAAAGUUUUUGAAGCUCGAGAAUCGUAUAUCACCGAACUUCUAAAGAUUAGCCAUAUUCGAACAAUUUACAAUAUAUUUAUUGUGGUUUUCAUAUUUUAUUUGGCCUAUAAUAUAUUCGAUGAUUACUUCGCAAAUGGAAGGAUCACUUUGGCAUCUGGCACUUUUCAAACCGGAUUUAUAAAUUUCCAUUAUGCAUUUGCUAUUUGGGUAAUUUUGCAAAUUUAUUCCUGUGCUAUAUAUUAUGCUUUGAAAAUAUGGGCAAUUGGUAGAAGGAAACUUCAAAAACAAGAGUUUCUACAACCAUGUUGGUCCUUCGCUUGGCUAUUGCUGUAUAUCACAAGUCAAGGAUUAUUUUUCUAUAUCCCAGCAGCUGCAUGCCUAAAGUUCAAUAUAAAGAAUGCCUCGUGUUUUGGCCUCCUCUUUGAAACGAUGAGAUUGGCAAUGAAGCAACAUGCCUUUGUGAGAGUCAUUUGCGGCCGAAUACUGCAAGGAAAAUUAGAUAUUGAAAAUAAUUUGCAAAUCGUCAUUAUGCCGCCAUUUCAAAAAUACCUUUAUUAUUUAUGUGCACCCACUUUAUUGUACUGCGAUGAUUAUCCACGCACCGCUAGCGUACGUUGGAGUUUUGUAGCUGCCCGUUUUAUGGAGUGUGUGGCCUUUGUGUUUUUGUUUGCUUUUCUAAUUGAAAAUCAUUUACAACCAAUUAUGUCAAACUUCGGGAGAGCGGAGCUAAGUGCAGGCUUCCUGAUACGCAGCUUCUUUGGCAUACAACUCACAGCCAUGCUGAUGGUACUCAGCUUUUUCUUUUUUCUUUUACACGCCUGGAAUAAUCUUACCGGUGAAUUGUUGUAUUUCUCUGAUCGUAUGUUCCACCGCGAUUGGUGGUUAGCUUGUAAUUAUUUUGAAUUCUUUCGUGAUUGGAAUACAUUGGUAGGUGAUUGGCUGUACGAGUACAUAUUCAAAGAUUUCUAUCGCUAUGUUUUUAAGGGAUCUAAAAGUAGUUCUGCCAUUGCUGUUUAUGUAAUUUCAGCCGUAGCUCAUGAAUACUUUAUGGUGAUCCCCUUGCGAAUUUAUUUUCCAUAUUCAAGUAUUUUGUAUAUUUUUGGUGGCAUUGCCUUGGUACACAUAUCGCGUUGGAUUCCUCGAUGUGUUGGCAAUAUAGUUUUUUGGUUAACAUUUUUUGUUGGCAAUGCCUUAGUGAUUGGUCUGUACACUGCGGAAUAUUACUGUAAGAAGAAUCUACCAAAAGCAUCUUAUAAGAAUUUUUUGGAUCUAUGGAUUCCGCAUUUGUGGGCGUGCAAUAAUACGCGGGAACUACUUUAAAUCAAAUUUUGUAAUGAGAUAAAUAAAUUAAUAACAAUAGCAUGAUAAUGAGGAAGGUAGUCAUUUCGAAUAAGCAUAUCCAUAUCUGCAUUUUUUUGUAAUUUACCUUAUAGAAAACACAUUCCCAUCUCUGGAUUAUUUAUAUAUAAUGGAUUUAUAAAUAUAAACUUUGUCAACGAGAUGUUGUCAAACGAAUAAUUAAAAAAAAAAAGGCAAACAUCUGAUAGCAUUAUUUUACCUUUUUAUAGAGGGUAUAAAUAGAGGGUAUAUUACGUUCGCCAUUCCGUUUAUAACUCAUCGCAAUAAUAAUUUUAGACCAAACAAGUAAAAAAGCUGUAAGUUCGCCGGGCCGAACUUUUAAUACCCUCCACCAUUUGGUACAAAUUUGGUCUGACAUGAGUAUUUCGAGGAGUUACACACGGAAUGACAAAAUUAAUAUACCCUCCAUAGUAUGGUGGAGGGUAUAAAAAGUAUGUAUAUAUUCUUGAUCAGCGAAAAAUUCUAAGAAGAUUUAGCCCUGUCCGUCCCUCCGUUUCUUGUAAACAGGCUAAAGUCAAAACUAAUAAAGAUAUGAAGCUAAAAUCGGUCUUUUGUCACAGAUCAGAUGGGCUAUAUCGGUCAACGAUAUCGUAUAGCCCCCAUAUAACGGUACCCUCCCUCGGUAUUUUGAUGAUUGUAGCCAAUGAAAUUGUCUGAAUAUCCGCAAAAGGAGUUCCUUUUUUGGUAUUUUACCCCCUGGAUGAAUAUUGUCUAUAUAGGUCGACCCACCCAUAUAACGGCACCUCCCUAUAUUCGGUAUUUUGUGAUUUUAACCACAUUUUUCAAUGAAAUUGGCUGAAAUUCUACGCAAGGAGUUCUUCGUGACUACUUUACUCCCUGGAAAAGAAUUGUCUAUAUGGGUCCCCGAUAUCGUAUAUCCCUCAUAUAAUUGUACCUCCCGCCACUCGGUAUUUUGAUGAUUUUAGUGACAAUUUUUCAAUGACAUUGUCUGAAAUUCUACACAACGAGUUCUGUGUGAGUAUUUUACCCCCUGAAAGAGAAUUUUCUAUAUGGGUUCACGAUAUCGUAUAGCCCCCAUAUAACGUUACCCCCGAUAUAUUCGGUAUUUUGAUGAUUUUAACCACAUUUUUCAAUGGAAUGACGGUAUGGCCACCAUACAACGGUACCUAACGAUAUUCGGCAAUUUGAUUAUUUUAGCGACAUUAUUCACCGGAUUUGUUUCAAAUUUCGUAUUUAGAGUUGGUAUUAAGAACUACAGCCUAUGACAGACAAUUGUCUAUGCAGGUCCAGGUCUUCAUACAGGCCCCAUAUAUCAGUAACUCCCUAUAUUCGGUAUUUUUACGAUUUUAUGUACAAUAUUCACCGAAUCUGUUUGAUAUGAAGUUCCUAAACGGUACUAUAGCCUGUGACAGAAAAUUGUCUAUGCAGGCCCAGACAUUCGUAUAGGUCCGAUAUAACGGCACCUCCCUAUAUUCGGUAUUUUGAUGAUUUUAGCAACAAUAUUCACCGGAUUUUUUUCAAGUUUCGUAUUUGAAUAUUGUAAUGGCUUAUGACAAAAGUUGCCUAUACAGGUACACGUGUUCGUGUUGACCCCAAUAUAACGGCUAUAUUUGGUAUUUUGGAAUUGGUAUUAUGGAAUUUUUAACAGAAUUUUUAACGGAUUUUAUUUUCUUGACAACUUCCAAAUUGUAUUCAAAAUCCGGCAAGGCCGAACUAACAGCCUUUUUACUCGUUCAUAUUUCAUAAUAUUUUAGCUCUUGCCGAGAAUGUUCAGGAAUAAGUGAACAUGUUUUUCAUGAUCUGGUCGACCCUGAAAUAGGCAUAUGUAGAUUUAUACGUUUGCUAAUUACAACAUCAUUACAGCCUGCUUAUCCUGGCUGUAGUUUUAUUCGUACACUUUCUGUCUUUUUGUAAACCUUAUGUUUAACGUGAAUUCAUUUUUUAUUAUUUCAUCAUUACGUAGUCUAUUUAUAAAAUCUGCAAGCAGUAUAUAAUGUACAUACAUUGCUAUGUAGUAUGUACGCAAUUAUUUAUUUAUGUGAAUUACAUGAAUAACUUGACCUUGUUGCACAAAAACAAUUGCGCUGAGUGUAAUCCAAGUGAAACGUAUUUUUUCUGUUUGGAAGAAAAAAAAAUACAGAACAUAAACUAAUUUUCGUUUUAAAACC